AAAAGAGGGGGCGUCGAUCAGCCGCUGCCGGCACACGCAUCGGCACUCUCACCCGGCCAGCACCCGGCACACUUGUCAGCGCGAUGGCGUCGUCGCGCCGCAUCGCGUUUCGUCUGGUGGCGGUCUUGCUGGCUGUGCUCGUGCUUGGAAAUGAAUGCGCCGGCGUCAGUGCCAAGCGCCAAACAAGAAAAGAGAAGAGUCAAGUUGACGAGCCGACUGGAAACAUCAGCAGACGCAAGCUUCCUCCGCCCACGGACCUGAAGGUCGAAGUGUCUUGUGAUAACAUGUACAAAGCAACUUGGAAUUAUGACUUCAAGAAUAGCUUCGACGGCUUUAAUGGGACUCUCUGCAGCAAAGAUGAAUGCUCCACCACGCACAUCGACUACAAGGAUCGAAAGUUUUCGUGGCCGCUGCCAUCGCCCAACAGUAGUUAUAACUUUACUUUGUACGCAUACGACAGCGACGGCCGGCAGAGUGAUUCAGCAGUCGCAGAGUUCACAUCGUUCCCGAAACCGCCAUACGUUAUAGGCCUUACCGUGAAAGCCACAAGCCCUACCGAGCUCAAGGUGAUAUGGUCGGGCAACUGGGUAUACGUCAUUGAGCUCAGCGCUUGCUCCGCGACAACAUCGUGCGUGAGCGCCACGGUUCCGGCACAGAACAAGACGCACACGUUUAGUGGUCUCGAACCUGGCACCAGGUACGAAGUGACUGCUCAGGCGGCGGUCACCAUGAACAACCGCACCUGCAAGGGUGACGCCGCCAAGCAAAGUGGCACGACACAGCAUUUGGACCCACCCACGGACUUGCAGGUCACAGUGUUCUGUAACAACACGCUGACAGCCACUUGGGCAUACAAUGAUGAAGUGGUUAUUUCUGGCUUCAACGCGAGUCUUUGCAAUGAAGAUGGAACGCGCUGCCUCAACAAAACCUACCAGUCCUAUGUCCGAGACCUCUCAUACGAACAUCUGAACCAAAACAGCAGUUACACGCUUUUUCUAUACGCAACCUUCUAUGACAGUCGCAGCAAACCAGCCAAGGAAAGCUUCAACUCUUUCCCGAAUAUCCCACGCGUUCAGGGUCUUACCGUGAAGCCCAUUAGCUCUAGCGAGCUCGAGGUGUUAUGGCUGAUCCAGUGGGAACAAAACAUUGAACUCAGCGCCUGCUCAAAGACAGCAACAUGCGUCAACGCCACGGUUCCCGCCAAGGACAUGACGUACACGUUUAAAGGUCUCCAACCUAGCACGACGUACGAAGUGACUGCUGAGAUUGCGGUCGCUAUGAACAACCGUACCUGCGAGGGUGACGCUGCGAAAAAAAGUGGCACGACACUGCAGUUGGACCCACCCAAGGACCUGCAGGUCAAAGUGUUUUGUAACAACACACUGAAAGCCAAUUGGGAAUAUAGCGAAGACUUUAAUAUUUCGGGCUUCCUUGCGAGCUUUUGCAGAGAAGAUGGAUCUCAGUGCAACAACGAAACCUACGGCUCUCAUGUGCGAGGCUUAUCCUACGAACCUCUGUACCUGAACAGCAGCUACACUCUUUAUCUGUAUGCAUUUGUCUCCGAGAGCCUCAGCGAUCCGGCCAAUGCGAGCUUCCACUCUUUCCCAUACCUACCACACGUUGGAAGUCUUACAGUGAAGGCAACUAGCCCUACAGAGCUGAAAGUACUAUGGCUGAGCGACUGGGAACAGGACGUCGAGCUCAGCGCCUGCUCCAAGACUGCACCAUGCGUGAACGCCACGGUUCCGGCCCGGAAUCAGACGCACACGUUUAAGGGUCUCGAACCUAGCACCACGUACGAAGUGACUGCUGAGACUGUGGUCACUAUGAACAACCACACCUGCAAAGGCGACGCUGAGGAAGAAAGUGGCACAACUCUGCAGUUGGAACCUCCGACGAACCUCAGCGUCGACGUUUCGUGCGGCAAUCAAGCGCAGGUCAACUGGACGUACGAAGACCUGGAAUCCAUCAACGGCUUCGUCGUCACGCUUUGCCACGGAAGCGAGGCGAAGUGCGAGAACAAAACGCUUUCCAAGUACCAGAUGGAAUGCUCCUUCCAGCUGCAAGAAUACAACGCGACCUACAACGUUAGCGUCCGCUCCUUUCACGACAAUACUCGGAAGAACAAGACGUACAGUAAACCAGUCGACGAGAGCCUCACUUCAUUCCCGGAAUUGCCUGAGCUCGAUGACAUUGCUGUGACCGGAGUGAGCGAGAAUGCCUUGCUGGCGACCUGGACCACCGAGUGGGACGGCGAAAUAGCGUUCUAUAUUUGCUCGAUGCCCGAGGAAUGCCAAAACCACACCAUUCUCGGAACGCCUCGCAAGCACACGUUCGAAGGACUAGCGUCGAACACCACUUACAGGAUCCGCGCUCAGUCGCAGGCGACACUCCAGAAAAAAGAAUGCCGGGGCCACCUUCAAGAACGUUCCGCCUCCACGUUUACAAAACGUCCUGGCGAAGUCCGCAACGUUCACCAUACUGUUGAGAAUGGCACCAUCCUUCAAGCCAGUUGGGAACUAUCCGAAGCUUCCAACGCGUCCGGUUUCACCGUCAAGUGUGAAGACCCAGAGACAAAGUACACCGAGUCUCGAGACGUUUUCGACCGCACGCCACCGUAUCAUGUCACUGUGGUUCUUCAAGAGUCGGUAGCCAAUUUCAACUGCUCCCUGUUUGCGUUCAACAUUAACGCUACCGGCGGGCGCCUUGAUGGACCUGCGUACAAUUUCAACGUCGCCACGGAUGGUAUAGCAUCCCCGGAAAACUUAACGCUUGUGGAACGCAACGCCACGAGCUUCACUCUCAGUUGGUCCGUCGAUCCAAACGCAACGAAGUGCGAAGUCACGGUGACGCCGGAAGGAGGAUUCAACGAGGAAUUGGAAAAGCUGGAAAGCUCUUGCGAUCACGACAAGCCACAAAAUGGCACUGUGACGCACACCGUGACCGCUCUUCACCCGUGGACACGUUAUAACGUCUCUGUGAAAAACUGCCGGGAAACUUUCUGCGGUCUGCCAGCGUUCCUGAGGAAUAUCACCGAAGUCGCUGCUCCUUCGGAAGUGCGGAAUUUCAGUCAUACGAUUAAAAAGGACGUCAGCGCUCUUCUAACCUGGGAAAAGCCGGAACAGCCUAACGGACCAAUCAGCGGCUACGUCAUUCAGGUUUACAACGAAGAUCACAACAAAACAAGUGUCGUCAAAGCUGAUGGAGACGUCACUGAGAAAGAAAUUAAUUUAAAGGAUCAAUUUAACCUUUUCAACGUGUCCAUAUCAGCCUACAACGUGGCCGAAACCAGCAAUCAGACCAUCUACGGCCCAGAGUCUGAGAUACAGUUCGAAACGCUUGGCAAAGGCCCAUUGCCUCCACGCCCAAAACCACAAGAAGUAAAAGAGGACAGUGUCCACCUCUCGUGGGAAGAGCCUCAGGACCCGAGGUACAACAUCACCGGCUUCAGCAUCAAGGUCAACGAUCAGCCACCGAAGGAGAUCAACCAGUCAAGCUAUACAAUCGAGCAUCUACAACCGUGGACUGAGUACAACGUCAGUGUUGCUUCUUGUACGAAUAAAACAAGCUGCGGACAAUGGAGGCACCUGGAGUUGAAGACAGAUUUUGGAGCGCCAUCGGCACCGCUGGAUCUCAAGGCUCCUGAAGCCGGUACCCACUGGAUGGAGCUGCAGUGGGAAAAGCCCAAGGUCUUGAACGGCCCGCUGAGCGGAUACAAUGUCACCUUCAGCCACGGAAGCAGCCAUCUGUUUGCUGUCACCACAAAUGUGACCUACAACUUCACGGAUCUGGUUCCCGGCACACUGUACGAUGUAUCGGUGUAUGCAUUCAACGAGGUGAAACCCGUUACCAAGCGUGGACCUCCCACCUCUCUACAGGCCAGCACGCAGGCUGAUACCCCCAGUGGUAAUGGAGCUUCAGCUGCCGUGAUUGCCGUGGCGGUCAUAAUUCCGCUGAUUUUUAUAAUUCUCAUCGCUGCCUACUUCUUAUACAAGAAGUUCCAGAAGAGGACAGGUCGUGGCCUUGCUGCGAAGAUGAAGAGUGUGGCGACGCUGAUCCUCCUGCUCUGGGUCAACUUGGAAGCUGACCCAGGAGUCACGGGUUCAAUCGUGCACUCAAAAGUUGGAGCACUCUCAAGACUCUACAGAAGGGAAGUCUUCGACAGUUCCAGCACCGUGUUACAAAUCUCUAACCUUGAGGCUACGGUUCGCGGUGGUAACCGAGCCACUGUCAGGUGGGAGAAUGCGACGGGACCCGUCACCGGCUACAACAUGACGGUGUGCCUUGUCAGCGACCCACCUAGGUGCGAAUCAGCCACGGGUCAAAAAACCAGCUACAACCUUCACCAUCUUGCGUCUGGUACAAAGUACCAGGUCGACGUCUACGCUUACUUCAGAGAUGGCGGCGACACUACGAAUGGAAGAAAUGAGAGGAUCUUCUUCAGGACAACAAAACUUCCAUCCGUGGAGCACCUCGAAGCCACUGCGCUGGGAUCCACGUCAGUCGAGCUCAAGUGGUCACCCAGCGUGGAGAACGUGUCACACUUUGACAUCGACGCCUGUCCAGCGGAUGGAGGUGCCUGCGUUCACGCCUUCACGCCCAACGUCACCCACAUACUCCAAGGCUUGACACCCGACACUACAUACAAUAUCCACGUCCGUAGCGCCACGGAAGAAGAUAAAGAACUUUCAUUCGGCCCUGCAACUACGGUGUCGGCUACUACAACCCUGCUCCCGGCGAUUUCUGACGUCGUCAUUAGGGCGACUUGCGAUCACUUCAUCAUCGCGUCAUGGGACUACGCCUUGGAAGGCGUCACUGGCUUCCUGCUGAACCUGUGCACCGAGGGCCAGGCCUGCACGACCCGGUCAGUCGACAAGGAUGACCGAGAGCACAAGUUUAGGGUGGACCCCGUGCGACGCUCGUACACGCUUUCUAUAGAGGCGUACCUCUGGAAGGGGAACGCCAAACACUCAAGCCCUGUUGUUAAUGCAUCGGUUACGUCAUUUCCCCAAGUUCCCAGGCUCGAUCGCUUUGAAGUCAAGCCAAUCUCGUCCAGCGAAGUCCGGGCCAGCUGGUCGAACGGGUUCGACGCCGACGUCCGCAUACAAGUGUGCGUGUCGCAUUCGACAGAAAGGAACUGCGCAAACUACGUAGCCCACGGCACGCAGCAGGCCUACAUCGUCAGCGGUCUGUCCUCCGGCACCAAGUACAGCGUUGAAGCGACCACAGCCGUUACGUUGGGGAUAGACACGUGCCUUGGUCUGCCUGCCAGGAGAGACGUGACCACGCUUACAGAAGCUGUCUGCAGGUAUGACGACGAGCUGAUGCAGACAAUCAAGCAGAUCUCGGACAACGUGAAGGCGUUGACUCGGCGGCGAAGCCAGUUCAACGCGAAUAGGAGAGACGAUGAUAUCAGUGCGAAGUGCGAACUGAUAGAAGCCAAGUUGAGGACAUUGCCGGAGAAAGACGUCAAUGACUGCUUCGACGACAUCGACAACCUGAUAGAGACCUACAAAAGAAAAACACCCGACCUGAGCUCAGAAUGGUUUAAGGUCACGGGCCUCGAAGCCAAGUACGUGGGCGGUGGUCACGCCAUAAUUGAGUGGGUGGAGUCAACGGGCCCCGUGCUGGGAUAUGAUGUCAUCGCAUGCACAGUGCAGAUGCCCCGCCUCUUACCAGUGGUCCGAGGACUGAAGGUGUUGAGUUCGAGCGCUACGACCGUCAAGCUUGAGUGGACAGCCCCGGACGUGCACGUGAAAGGAUAUUGUGUCACUGCCCAGUCCUACCAAACUACACCGCUUGAGGUCAACACGACUGACAAUUCGAUGACCUUGACUGACCUUAUUCCUCAAAAAGAAUACGCAAUAGGAGUAGAGACAAUUAACGAAGAGACAGGUGGCGCGACGUACGGCCCCGCUGUCAGAGUGUCGGCAAGGACCACUGCACUUGCUCCUCCUGUCGAUGCCCUCCAAGCACGUUUCCUCAACGACACGACUCUUAGAGUGACAUGGGGAACAGCGCACGUCGGCAUGAUCCACAUCCGGGUCUGUCCGAUGCCUUCUUCCGGAAAGGAGUGCACCUUUUACACGACCAACGGUGACUCGCUGGAAUACCAAAUCUUCGACAUUGGACGUGACCCUGCGUACGACGUACUCGCCAGCUUCAGCACCUCAGUGGAAGACAUGCGGUGCCUCGACGCGGAGUCUUCAGUUAUUGUCAGAAGUCCUUCACCCGCAGGCACCCACGAUUACGACGAAAAAGACAGGUACGGCUGCACUGGGUACGCCGUUACCAUGACAAGGUUCCAAGUACACUGCCGUUCCAUUUCGAAGUUGGAGAUGGACGUUGAUGUCGCUGCUGAUGCCAUAAAGUUCCGCAUCGUUCUGUGGCUUGUUGCGCUGUGCGCAAACAUUGAUACAACCUCGUUAACGGCUCAAGGCUAUGACGAAAGAAGCGCUUCCAGUGGAUACUUUGAUUACACCGAUAUUGGCCCUGUACAGAAGCUCUCCUACCGUAUUACCAACGUCACUACUCUCGAGGCAACAUGGGAGCAACCUGAUACCACGGAAAACAUCACAGGGUACGCUUUGGAAUGCACCGAGGAACAACGCCACAGCAUCAAGAAGAUAAAGGUAUUUCCAGAAUCAAAGAUCGUUCAAGCAAGCCUGAAUUUGGAGGUCCAAGUGGAAACCUUCGAAUGUAGUGUGUGGGCGUGCUCUGAAGACCAUAACGGAACGGCUGUUUUCUUCAACAUUACAACGUUGGGACUGCAUCCCGUGGCGAACCUCAGCUUCCUUGGUGGAUGUGAUGGCAGUUUACAAGCAACGUGGUCGUACGCGUACAAGAAUGAAGCUGGGUUCAAUCUUACGAUCUGCCGGCAAUCAGAAAAGAAAUGUAACACGACUCUGGUCAAAAAGAACGUUCGACUUUACAAGUUCUUGGCAAAAGCAUUGGACGUUCAGUAUCAACUAAGCGUGAGCGCGAUCGGCAAGAUUUCUGGAGUGAACGUCCGUAGCAAGGAUAUUAUGGCGAACGCCACGUCGUUCCCGCGAGUUCCCUUGCUCGCCGACGUGGCAGUCCAAGGUGCGAGCCCCGAAGCGCUGACGGCAACAUGGCAAACAAACUGGAUCCACGAGAUACACUUUUCCCUCUGUUCUUACAAUCAUACAAGCCAAUAUUGCCAAAACUACAACGUGUCUGGCACGCUUCAUCGAGUCGACUUCACAGGCCUGCUUCCGCAAACCACGUACGACGUUAAAAGCAACGGCCAGGUCACUUACGGGAAUCGGACAUGCGUCGGGCCACAAACAGAGCAAUCGGCUUCCACGUAUUCGCUGAAUCCUGGUCCAGUUCGCAACUUGAAAUACGAAAUCGACAACGUCACAAGGCUCGCUGCAAGCUGGGAUGGACCUGUCGAAAGCGUCGAUUACGACGGUUACGUGUUGCAUUGCGUGGAGAAGAAAUUUGGUCCAGUGAAAAGUAUGGAAGUUUCCCAGGCCGAAAAACACGCUACCAUAACGCUGGAUCUUGAAGAACAGCUAGCAGAGUUCGAUUGUGCAGUCUGGGCUUUUGCCUAUAAUGGAAGUGCACGGAACAACGGAACGACCAGCAAAUUUUCUGUCGAGACAAGUGGUAUAGGCCCGCCGGAGAACGUCACACUUCUUGAAAGGACAGCAACGAGUUUGGCGUAUUCAUGGACAAAGGAUCCAAAUGCACCGAACUGUCGUGUCGAAGUGGUGGCUAUGAACGCAAGUGAAGUAUUCGAAGAUGACUGCACCAGCAUCAGUGACAAGGACCUCAUUCACUACAACGUCACGAAUUUGACUCCUGGAAUGAGAUACAACGUUUCGAUACAGAACUGUGCCGAAUACUGUGGUCUAGCAGCAGUGAUUGGUGACCACACGAACGUCGCUGCGCCAUCAGAGGUGAUGAACUUCAGCGCCUCAGUCACUGGGUUUGUAAAUGUGACGUUCACGUGGGAAAAGCCAGCCGAACCAAAUGGGCCCAUCGAUGGGUACCUGAUCCGCAUCGUGAACGAAGACAGCAAUGUCACAACGGAAAUUCUCGCGAACGGAUUCAGUACAGACGUUACCAUCGUAGUGGUAUCGGAGUUUACCUACUUUCGCAGCGUCGUCACCGCCUACAACGUGAAAAUGCCAGGAGGAGAAAAACUCUUCGGUCCGGAAACAUCUACCACCUUCGAAUCUCUUGGAAAUGGACCGUUUCCACCUCAUCCAACCGUACGUGAUGUUCAGGAAACAGAUGCGGGAGUAUACUGGGAAAAAGCUGAGGACCCCAGAUAUAACAUCACCUCUUACAACGUAACCGUCGAAACGAAAGGCAGCUUUCCCACAACAGACACCAAAUUUAACUUAAGCGAACUGAACCCAUGGACGAGAUACGUGGUCAGCGUUGCUUCGUGUGCACGUGAGACUAAUUGCGGUGAAGCUAGGUCCACGUCUUUUCGAACGGAUGUCGCAGCGCCAUCAAAGCCGUUGCGGCUUAUGGCCAGGUCUGUCGGUGUCGAAUGGAUUUACUUGGAGUGGGAGCGCCCAGAUGUGCCUAACGGUCCAAUUGACGGCUUCAAUGUCACCUUCGCCGGUCGAAACGUUUCAUUCGACGCAGUGACAACAGCGUUGUCGUACAAUGUAUCCCAACUAAGCCCUGGAACAUCGUACAGCGUCUCUGUGUACGCCUUCAACAACGGAUUCUACAAAGAAAAACGAGGUCCUGCUGCUACGCUCACGACGUCUACUUCGAAUGUUGGCAAGUACAGACCCCGUAUUCUUUCAGCCUACUUGAUUUGUGUUUCGGGGCUACCUGAACUGAAUGUCAUGUGA